UGAGUAAGAGAGAUAUAAAUAUAUCGAAAUUGUUUUACGGACCCGAUAACUUUUUAGUCCUUCUUUCAGAUUCGGAGAAGUUUUAUACAAAUUAAAAAGUCUCAUUCACUUAAUUAUAAUAUUGUAAAUACUGGACAUGGUCCUAUCGUCCACAAUGGCUAGUGAAGAGCAUAAGGAACUAGCAAGCUAUCUGAAAAACGUUCAUUCUACACUCAGAAAAGCGUCUGCAAAGAAUGGUUCAGACAGAGCAUGGCUGGACCACUGUGCAAAUAAAGAUGUUUUAGAGACGUAUGCUCAUUGUAUGGAGAAAUUAGCAACUACUCAUUGGACGACGAAUUGCGCCAGUGAUACCAGUGGAGCAACCUCGCGAAUUCAGUGGACUGCAGAUUUUUGUUUAGAUUACUUUUUGAACAAACAGUACAUGAGAUUCAAAGCAAAAGAAAGAAAUAUAGCAGAAAAAAUUAAUUUAGUUCAAGAUGAAGAUGAGCACUUUUCAAAUCCUGUUCAUUUCCUAGAUGUUGGGAGUUGUUACAAUCCUUUUAAAGUGUAUGAAUAUUUAAAUGUAUUUGCUAUUGACUUAUGCCCUGCUAACAACAGUGUAUUGCAGUGUGAUUUUCUUAAUGUAUUAGUUGGUGCAGAGACCAUUAUUAAUAAUUGUGAGGUUAAACAAAUGCGUUCAUCCUCAUUUGAAGUUGCAGCCUUUUGCUAUUUAUUAGAAUACAUACCAGAUUCAAAUUUAAGAAUAUUAGCAUGUCAAAAGGCAUACAGUCUUCUGAAACCUGGUGGGUUGCUGAUUAUAAAUACCCCAGAUUCAAAACAUGUUGGAGCUAAUUCCAAACUUAUGAAAUGCUGGAGAUAUACUUUAGCAUGUAUUGGUUUUAUGAGAAUCAAAUAUGAAAAAUUUAAGCACAUGCAUUGCAUGGCAUUUAGAAAGACACUGCACAAAGAUGUUGCUAUAAGGUGGGCGACAAUACAUAAGGAACUUGGUAUGGAAUAUGCAAUUAACAUACCACAAGACUUUAAUGAAGAUCCUGAUGAGUCAUUACUGGAUAAAGGAGUACAAAGUGACAUUAAAGACUUUCAAGAAUUACCUUUUUGUUUUGGUUGACUAUUUAAUAAAAUUAAUCUUCAUAAAUUCCAAA